AUGUCGGUGCCGCAAAAGCUCAGAGUGGGCGUGGUGGGAGCUGGCGAGGUGACGCAGGUGGUCCACCUCCCAACACUCAAGUUCCUUUCCGAUCAGUACGCAGUUACAGCCAUCUGCGACGUCUCGAAGCAAGCCGCUGACCACGUCGCGGCGAAAUGGAGCAUCCCUCACGUCUACACCUCGAGCGCCGAGAUGGUCCGCCAAGAUGACAUUGAUCUUGUGCUCGUUGCCAACAGCGACGAAUACCAUGCCUCGUGCGCCAUCGAGGCGGCUCAAGCGGGCAAGCACGUCUUCAUCGAGAAGCCCAUGGCUCUCACUCGCACUGAUGCGAAAGCGAUCCAGCAAGCCGCCCAGGAAAAUCAGCGCAAGAUCUAUGUGGGCUACAUGAGACGUUACGCACCUGCCUUCCAGGUCUUCCAGAAGCUGCUGGCCGAGUCUGGACCGAUUCGACAUGCUAUCGUCAAGGACAUCAUCGGACCCAACUCGUUCUUUGUCUCGCAAUCCGGCACCGAUCCUCGCAAGUUUGGCGCCGACAUCGCAGAGGAAGCUGGCAAGGACAAAGCAGCACGAGCAAAAGCGAUCUUGGCAGAGGCGAUAGGCGCAGACAAGGCAGCUGAUCCUCGACUCGGAUUCGUCUACCGUCUACUGGGAUCGCUAGGAAGCCACGACCUGAGCUUCAUGCGCGAAGCUCUCGGAGGCAAGCCAGACAAGUGUGCCUCUGCCUUCGCCAGUCACGAUGGCAUGUUCAUCUCGGCUUCUUUCGAGUACACCAACCGAGGCGCCAACAAGGGUAACGACAAGUACAACGUCCUCUACACCACUGGCAUCCACAAUGUCGGUGUCUUCGAGUCGUUCUUGGAAGUCUGGACGGAUGAUCGGGUUCUUCGGAUCGACAUCGACACGCCGUAUGUCAAAGGAUUGCCGAUCAACGUCACUGUCAAGGAGAACGACGCGAGCGGUCACUACUCGGAACGCAUUAUCCGCCCUACAUACCAGGACGCCUACACAACCGAGUUCCUGGACCUGCAUCAAGCGCUGACUACAGGCAAGGAUCUCAAGACGACCCCCGCGGAUGCGAUGGAAGACCUGGGCAUCUUUGACAUGAUCAUGGCUCACCUGAAAGCAUAG